GCAAAGGCUGCAGCUGUCUGGUUAUUUGACUGAUCCUCUUAAAAUCAGAGGAUUAUACAUGCAAACAGAAUAAUCAGCAAGGGGACUAUCCAUCGCUAUGAUGAACCUGGAGCAUCGUGAUCCUUCUCUCACGGACAUUUUCUCUAUCAUUCACAUGUAAAAGGCCCUUAGCAAACUGUAUUUGUUUCUGUUUUUUGUUUUAUUUUUUAUAAUGGAUGUUUCCUUGUCUGCUGCCGGUGUGUGAGGAUAAACUGUGCCCCGUAAGCCAACCCCAGGGACCACUGUCCCAAGAUUCAUGAAUCAAGAUGAAGUUUCUACUGGGGAUUCUUCUGUUUCUCGUUUUUUCUCUUUGGUUUGAUGGCGUCCACUCUAAAGAAAAAUCAUCAAAAAAAGGGAAGGGCAAAAAGAAACAGUAUCUAUGUCCAUCCCAACUAUCUGCUGAAGAUCUUGCCAGAGUCCCUGCUAACUCCACUAGCAACAUACUGAACAGACUUUUGGUCAGUUAUGAUCCAAGGGUACGACCAAACUUCAAAGGAAUUCCUGUGGAUGUUGUAGUCAACAUUUUUAUAAACAGUUUUGGAUCUAUACAAGAAACAACAAUGGAUUACAGAGUCAACAUUUUUCUAAGGCAAAGAUGGAAUGACCCUCGCCUUAAACUCCCCAAUGACUUCCGAGGCUCUGACGCUCUGACAGUUGAUCCCACAAUGUUUAAAUGUCUCUGGAAGCCAGAUUUAUUUUUUGCAAACGAAAAGAAUGCAAACUUUCACGAUGUCACCCAAGAAAAUAUUUUACUGUUCAUUUUCCGCGAUGGAGAUGUUCUUCUAAGUAUGAGGUUAUCCAUCACAUUGUCAUGCCCUUUGGACUUAACAUUAUUCCCAAUGGAUACUCAACGCUGUAAAAUGCAGCUGGAAAGUUUUGGCUAUACCACCGAUGAUUUGCGGUUCAUUUGGCAGUCAGGAGAUCCUGUUCAAAUGGAAAAAAUUGCCUUACCUCAGUUUGAUAUUAAAACAGAAGACAUUGAGUAUGGCAAUUGUACAAAGUAUUACAAAGGCACUGGAUAUUAUACUUGUGUGGAAGUGAUCUUCACCCUAAGGCGACAGGUUGGAUUUUACAUGAUGGGUGUUUAUGCCCCAACUUUACUCAUCGUUGUCCUUUCCUGGCUCUCAUUUUGGAUCAACCCAGAUGCAAGUGCUGCAAGAGUGCCACUUGGGAUCUUUUCCGUUCUCAGCUUGGCAUCUGAAUGUACCACCUUAGCACAGGAGCUGCCAAAAGUGUCAUAUGUAAAGGCUAUAGAUGUUUGGCUUAUUGCCUGUCUCCUGUUUGGUUUUGCCUCCCUUGUUGAGUAUGCUGUUGUUCAGGUACUGUUGAACAGCCCAAAAAGGAUUGAAGCAGAGAAAGCUAAAAUUGCAAAGGCUGAGCAGGCCGAAGGAAAGGGAGCCAAUGCAGCCAAAAAGAAUACAGUCAAUGGAACCGGUACUCCUAUCCAUAUCAGCACCUUGCAAGUCGGAGAGAAUCGAUGCAAAAAAGUCUGUACGUCUAAAUCAGAUUUGAGAUCCAACGACUUCAGCAUUGUUGGGAGCCUGCCCAGAGAUUUUGAAUUGUCCAAUUAUGACUGUUAUGGGAAACCAAUUGAAGUCAACAAUGGACUGGGAAAAUCCCAAGCGAAGAACAACAAAAAGCCUCCACCUGCCAAGCCAGUCAUUCCAUCAGAAGCGAAGCGAAUUGAUCUUUACUCCAGGGCAUUAUUUCCAUUCUGCUUUUUGUUCUUUAAUGUUAUAUAUUGGCUGGUAUAUUUAUGAUAGCACUGUCUCAUCAUUUGAGUGAAACUGUGUAAGACAUUACACACACUGUAUAAGGCCAACCUGUGAUCUUGUCUACAUUUGCAAAGCAAUACUUACAUUGUAGAUGCCAUGCAAUGUAAUGAGAAAAAAUGGCUUUUUUAAUGGAAGCAUGACACUGCAAUGUCUGUGCUUAAAAUGAUGUAUAUAAAUGUAAGGUAUACUUUCUGCUAGAAAUAAGGUUAUGACUAAUGCAUAUAUAAACUCUCCCAAAUUCUACUUUUAAUAUGAAAAGUUAUGAAAUGCUUCUAAAACUAAACUUGUGCACGCUGAGUGUCAUUGAAGAUCAUAGUACCAUAUAUGUAGUAUUUAAAGGGUACAUUCUUAUUUUCACAGGGAAAUAUGUAAUAGAUAAUUUGGAUGAACUGAGUCCAAUCAAAAAUGUACAGUACUUCAUAAUAUAUAGACUUCAUAAUAAAAACUAAGAUUCAAAGGCCGCUGUCAAUGUGUAAGAUAAAAUGAUCAGAGACUAUUUUUUGUAAAAAAUGACUAUUUAAGAAAUGGAGCUGUAUCCUUUUGCGUGAACAAACUUAAUGUGUAAAAACAAGCUAAUAAAAAAGAGUAAAUUAAA